GCGCGCUGCGCUGCGCAUAGCGGGUUUGCAUUGUUUCCGGCAGCAGCAGCGGCAGCGGCAGUAGGGCAGUGUUUACGUUUUUGCCCAAACAUUAUUUUGGGCCAAAAUUUGUAACACCGAAAAGAAACCAAACAAAUUAUGCCAGGAGCAAAUUAUUUUCUCAGCAAGCUAGCAACUCAAACGCCUGGUCCGCUUGUGGGCACUACAGUUGUUAAGAGCCAGCCUCCAUGCCUAGAUUUGGUUCCAGUUUCUGUAUCUAACACAGUCAACCAUGAAGUACCUCCAAUCCCAUCCUAUUGCCAAGAUGUAUCAUGUGUCUCAACAAAGGAUCCCGAAGUUUAUGAAAACAUUUAUUCCAGACCAAUGGGUAGACAGUAUGUGCAGUAUGGUAGUCGAGGAUCUUUUUACACCCAAUUACCAAUUAAUAUGAAAGGAUUAGAGGAAAACCCUGUUGGAGAGUUACAAGAGCUAUGCACUAAAAUGCGCUGGGUUUUUCCGUCUUAUGCAGUAUGUUGUGAAAAUGGUCAACCUCAUGAGCGAACAUUUGUCAUUGCUGUUCGCUUGUAUAAUGUCAAAGAUAAAGGUGAAGCGAAGUCAAAGAAGGCUGCAAAGAGGGAAGCAGCUCGAAAUCUUUUAUUUCAAUUGUUAGAAAGAUCAUCGGGCCAGAGAUAUUCUGGUCAGGUGCCAAGUGCAGCUGUAGAGUACAAACCAGUGUCAGAUUCUCCUAAGAAGUCUGUGGCUCAACAAAUUCAACUUUAUCAAGAAACGCCAUCUCACACUAAAUGUAUCGAUAUGCUUCAAGAGCUGGCUGUGAGGCGUAAUUUGCGAAUUGUAUACAUUCGUCUGGAUUCAAGAACACCUACAGGACUGAUCCAAGUGAUGCUGCAGAUAUCUACUUCCCCCAUAGUCGUUGUAAGUGGUCAGGGACGUACAGUACUAGAGGCGAAAGCUGAGGCAGCAUUAAAUGCACUUGAAUGUAUACGUAUUACUGCUAAAAAGAUGCCUUUUCAAUCUAUCAAUCUAAAUCUGUGAGCUUGCAUUCACAUAUGGUAAUUGCACUAGUCAAACCAUAUACAGUGGCUGAGUGCACUCAAAUGUCAUUGUUAUGUGAAGUGUGCAACGAUUCUAAAUCCUGCUGUGGAUUUAGAAGAGAUAUGUUGCAUACUUUUCAUUAUCCCUUUUUCGUUAAGUUGUCAACAUCCUAUUUUGUUAACUUAGGAAAAAAUUUAUCAUUAAAUUGAAUGUUUCAAUUUUUUUUUUUUGUCUAAAUGAAUGUUAUCUGAUGCUUGUUGUAGUCAGAUAUAAUUUUAUAACUGUAGUUUGUUCGUGUCAACAUUUUCAUUGUGGCAGUACAUCCUACAAACUGCCAUGUAAAAUAUUGCUACGACCUUAAAUCAAUUUGAUAUCUCCGUUGGUAUCUGUCUUUCUUUCUUUCAUUCAUUUUAUUAAAAUAGUCUUCCUGGAGAAGAUUGCUUUGUACUUAAUAGAUUCAUGAUUAUCUAUUGUAGUUUAGUAAGAAUCUCAAAAACUUCUUGUCCUUUUUUAGUGGGUUGCUAUGUUCAGCCUUUGAAAUUUAUACUUUCUGCUACCUCUAAUACUUUUCCUAUGUGCAGAAAGUAAAUUUAACAUCUAUUCCAGAUAUUCUAUCCAAUAAUAGGUGAUGUGAUGCUUAGUAAAAAUACCUAUGUAUGUUAGAUAUCCAUCUGAUCUCUUUUAUUUAAAACAUUGAUUUAGGUAAAUUCAUAAGGUCAAUUAGGGUGUUUCAUUUUUUUUAUUUAUUUUUUUUUAAAUGUGAGAUUUAGACUGCUUUACAUUGCUGUGUUCACUAAAUGCCUGGCCUUUCAAUAAACCUAUCUGAGCAAUUUUUUUUUUAUAGUGAACUCAAAUCAGUGUUGGUACAUUGUUGUAAGUCAAAAUUGGUUUCAGUUUUAUGCCAUUUAUGGUUCAAAACUGCCUAUCUUCAAGCUUCAACAGUUUUUGAUAUUUCAAAAAAAUGAAAUAAUAAAUGGUGUUCAACUGGUACUUAUUACUGUAGAGGAGGCAUAUUCUUCUGAUUCGCUGCUGUGUGUUAUGUAUAUGAUGCAGCUAUGGUUUGGAAAAACAAUUAGAUCCUGAUUAGGUAGUUUUGGGUUAGCUGUUUUCCAAUUGCAAGUUUCCUAAUGGUUCUAGUUACAUUUUGUAAUAGAGUAUUUUCAUCAUACAUCAUUUUGUGAUUUAGUUGAUAGGCUAAGAGGCUGUUGAAUUUGGCUUUGAACCAACUGAUAGAUUGAUCACAUAUGUUCCAAUAGAAGAAAACACACCAGUGUGUCAGAGCCACAACGCAACAGUCUGGGGGUUUGCCUACUUACUCCCCUUGGAAGGCACCAUGGCCUCUAGGGUAUGCAACCCGCAAGACUGUUGUGUUAUAGCUCUGACACACUGUACAAUCAAGAGAGGUGUCAGUAAUGAGGGAACAGUUAGUGCUUUCUUUACCUUCAUAUUUCUGUUGCUAUGAGUUACAUUUUAUUUUUGUACUGGCUGGUCUUAAAUUUGUCACAAUUAUUCUUUUUCCUUUUUAUGUAAUACUGUGUGUGGUGUAGUGUGAAAAUCUGUACUAGAGGAGUAUGAGUAUAAACUCAACAAGAGUU